AUGACGUGCCAAAUUGAAACCAUGGAUCCUCCGAGAAUAUUUACCAUUGAAUGGGAUAUGAUGGACAAGAGCCGUUUCUUCUCGCUCUCGAUGGUAAACUCCUUCGCCCUCCGUGGUCUGUUGUAUCCCUUCACAGUCAUCAAGACCCGCUUGCAGAUCCAGAGACAGAAUGCCCUCUACACCGGAACCUUCGACGCCUUCUUGAAGAUCCUGAAAUACGAAGGAGCCUGUGGACUCUAUCGAGGCUUCUGGAUCAAUUCCAUCCAGAUGGUCUCUGGCAUCGGCUACAUCAUAACCUACGAGAAGGUCAGGCACAUGCUGACUCUCUAUGCGGACAUUCGGGACGGAAGGCUGAAGGGUCUCAUUGGUGGAGGAUGUGGCUCACUGGUGGGACAGACUAUCAUAACGCCUUUCGAUGUGGUGUCCCAGCACAUGAUGGUCCUCGGGCAGCUCAGGGAUAAGAGUGUCGCAAAUCCAACGGCCAUGAAUCCUCUGAACAUUCAGCUUGGCUCCUCCAGGAGGGGUCUGGCGAUGGCCAUCGUGAGAGAGGUGUACAAAAAAGAUGGACUUAAAGGUUUCUACAGAGGAUAUUAUGCGUCGCUGUGUACAUACGUUCCUAGCAGUGCACUGUGGUGGAUGUUCUAUCCCGUUUAUUCUGAUGCUCUAGCAUCAGUGCUGCCUCUAUGGACAUCCCACAUGUUUAUCCACUGCAUAGGGGGGCAGAUGAGCGGCAUUACAGUAGCUGUGAUCACCAAUCCACUGGAUGUCAUUCGAGCUCGUAUCCAGGUUCACCGAAUGAAUUCUUUUUCUAGUGCCCUCAAUAAAAUCUGGUUCGAGGAAGGCAUCUUAUUUCUAUCCAAAGGUCUUUCCGCACGCAUCAUACAGACGUUCUUUUCUUCGUUUUUUGUAGUCCUUGGUUAUGAGACCUUGAAACGGUGGAGUGUCUACGACCAGUACAAGGAUCAGAUACGUUGGUGA